AUGGAUUCCACUGGAAAGCGGGAGGAUUGGUCCAUCUCUCGGAGAAAAGACCAACGGAGUUUCUCAAUGACCAGUACAUUCUGGAAGAGGGGUGAUCUCUACCAAAGGUCUGGUCCACCACCGUCGGAGAUCAUCGCUCAUCCCCUCCCCCACCACUGCCCUACUCACGCUCACGUUCCCCCAUCACACCGUGUGCUCCAGAUAUCCAGUUCCUGGAAGACAGCGUCCCUCCCCAGCAUCCUCGACACGGAAGGAAGUGAUCACCCGGAUGUAGUACCCAAUAAGGAAGAGUACUCGGUGGACAACAGAAGCUCUGUGUCUUUGUCCAAGAAGCGGACAAGUCCUAAAUGGGUUUACAAGAAGAUUCCGACCAGUCCACCAGAUGGGCAAGAUGUCACUCAAGAACUACUGGGACCACAACACCCAAUUGAUAUGAUUCCAACUGUUAUGCUUAAAGAUGACCAGAAGAGCGUCUGUCCCUCGAUGAACAGUAGGAAGGAUUCUGGCAUUCGUAGCAACAGCAGGAAGAGUAGCAUCCAACAUCCGUUUAAUCCAACCAACGGGUCAACACCAAACGAUCUCCUUGGCCACAGGGUCAGUGGUUACUACAAUCUA